CAACCUUUUGAAGUACUUGGUGCUGGAGCUCAACGGCAAUGUCAAUGAGCACGAAGUACGCAAAUCUCCCCGACAUCGACACGGCUCCGGACGUCUAUGAGACUGAGGAUGCGUUCCCCGCCUCUCAUGAUAGUAAAGGCGAUUCAAGUGAUGAAGAGCUGGGCCUGACAGCCAGGCCAGCAGUUCGCGGCAAGAACGGAGAGACGGGUGGGCGCGAGGAGCUGGACGGCACUCACCUGAGCCCAGAGGAGGCCAGUAGGAAGUUUCGAAAAGCGGAGAAGAAACAUCACCGUCCACGGAUACAGUAUGUCUAUCCUCCAUCCCCGACUUCCGACACGUCGCCGCCAUCAACGCCCUCUGUCACUCCUGCCCUACCACUGUCGUACAGACUUCGGAUGUUGCAAACCGAAUUGUCUACUCUGGAGACCGAGUUGGCAGACCCAUCAAAUCCACUGUUGCAGAGGGAACGAGAGGCAGGACAUGACCCGGGCGAGCUGAUCCGGGGAAUGGUGGAUGUGAAAAACCGCUUGGGCAAAAUCACCAAGGUGAAGGAGGGCAAGGGAAAAUUGGUCAGUGUUGUUCUCGGGGAAGACUCGGCGGACGAACAAGAUGGCGCCAGAGGAACCGUCGGGGAGGGCAAGGAUGUUGGCAAGCGCGUUCUGUCCGAUCAAAUCGUCCCGCUGUCGACGAACACCGGAGCACCUGACGUCAAAGACAUUGUCGAAAUGGACCGUCGCGUCGGUGAACUGGAGAAGAGUGUUGGUGCCUCAAGCACUGCUCUAGAUGAGCUCUCUCCAUUGCCACCGCCGCUUCUGCCUAUGCUGACUCGCCUCAAUGCACAAUUAACACUCCUCACCCAACCGCGCCACGUCGACUCAAUCUCUCGUCGUCUGAAAUUACUUCUGUCCGACCUCGAGCGCGUGUCCAGCGCCAGUGCUCAUCCACAUGGUUCCCAACGCCGGCAGUCAUCCCAUCACGCACCGACCCCUGCAUCGCCGCAUCCCGCGGCAUCCAGCGGUUCCGCUCCUACAAUACCCGCGGCACUGUAUGACCAACUCACACCAAUUCUGACACGUCUUGCACCGCUUCUGCCACAUAUACCCCAUGUUCUCACUCGCCUCCGCACCCUCUCUGCCCUUCACACAUCCGCCGCUGGUUUUCAGAAUACCCUGGAGAGUCUCGAGGAGGAACAGAAGAGGGUUCGAGCAGUGUUGGAAGAGCUCGAGCGCGCUGUGAAUGGCGUUGAGAGCAGCAUCAAGGAGAACGAAGAGGUCAUCAAGAAGAAUGUGAAGGAACUAGAUGACCGAGUUGAGGAUGUAGGACGGAGAGUAGACGAGUUACGCGUUAGCAAGGGUUGACCGGAUCGAGCUACCACCUGUCUGUGCCGGUUGACAUACGAUUCCAUUGCUUUCGUGUAUUGUAUCCGUUCCUGGUAGUCCUUGUCUCUUCAGGUGCGUCAACAUCCGAUGUCGACGGAGAGGCCCUGGCAUUGGGUGUACCUCCAAGGUGUAUGUGGCUCGGCACUUACGUCUUUCAGACCAAUCUUCUUAUUGUGCAUGCUACGACGUGCGGUAACGUACAGCAUUGCUAUGGCAGUCGUCGUUUCGACUUCCAUUCCAUCCCCCAUAGCUGUUGACAGUUGCGGAUGAGAUAGCAUAUAGAAUCGGGAUACCGCCUUUCUACAGAGACGACGGGCAUUGGGC